GAAUGCGUUGAUUAAAAAAAAAAAAGGAGUCGAAUGUAAGCUCCCGAAUCAGAGGUAAGACGACAAAGAAUGGCGCAAAUGAUAAUGUACACACACUUACUACUAAUGCCAUCCUAUUCCUCUCGCGCCACCACCUGCGUCGCUCCUCGACUCAUCGUUUCUCAAAACUAUCGAUGCGGCUUGCUUCGCCUCCCAUAUCAUCUGUCUGCCCAAUAUAUUCGUCAUCCCCUCUUCAGAAGCGCGCCUCCGUCGAAUACUUCUUUCGCCACCACGAAAAGCAUAGGAUCAUCUUUCGAAGAUAUUGCCAAUGAUACAUCGCCCACUCGUCUUGCUCAGAGAGAUCAGCCCAAUCAAGAAGUAGAAGAGAGUAUUCAAAUUUUGAAGAAAGCUGCAAAAACAAGGAAGGUUGACAAAGACAAAAUUCUAUCAGCUCUUUCUGUUAUUGAAAAGGCAAAACUGGACCCUUCGAAUUUUCUUGAAACGCUCGGAGGAAAUAGAUCACCCGGGAGGACCUGGAUGCUUAUAUUUACUGCUGAGAAAAACUUGAAGGGCGGACGAUAUUUUCCUAUAACUGCAGUCCAGAGAUUUGAUGCAGAGGGAAAGAGGAUUGAAAAUGGUGUGUAUCUUGGACAGCUAGGGAGUUUGAGUUUUGAAGGCAGAUUUUUAUGGAAGAAGAGAAUACUGGCAUUUGUUUUUGAGUGCAUUCGUAUAAAAAUCGGAUCUUUCAAUCCUUUACAGGUAAGCCUAGGAACUCAAGACAAUAGCGAGCCAGACACAAAAAAUCCUUUCUUCAUAUGGUUUUAUGUUGAUGAAGAGAUAGCCGUAGCCCGUGGAAGAAGUGGAGGAACAGCAUUUUGGUGCCGUUGUCGCCGAGUUACUAGUCCUUAGAUCUCCCUGAAGCUUCGCACCAAAGCUUUUGAAAUUCCAUGAUUUUGUUAAUGAUACUCUUCAACUUAAAUUAUUCCAUGCUAGAAAGAGCUCAUCGUACAGCUAGUAUGCAAUUGUAUAGUUUAUAUCAUGUAACUUGGCUUGGUGCACAAGGGUAUAUUUUUAAUGUGUAAAGUUGAAUAGUAAUCGGAGAAUAAGAUUGCCUUGCUUAGUUGGAGGUCUUCCCCCUCCAUCCUUGUGGGCAGGGGCGGAUCCAGGAUUUCGAAUUUGGUGGGGCACCAAAUUACAAAAGAAAAAUCAUAAUAUCAUAUUUUAAAACAAUGCAAUACUUUAAUUUUCACAACCUUAAUAAAUAAUAUUAAGUAUUCAA